CGGAAGUUUUCGCCGCUGGGCUCGCGGAACAAGAGCGCGAGUUGGGAACGUUGAGCGAGAAGAAGGAGCUAAAGUUAGCAUAUGUAGCUUAUUUUUAAGUAUUUCAAGUGUUAUUUUUUUAGCCAGUUCACUCAACCUUCGACGUUUUGAGCAAAGUUGAACUUCGCGCUAAAAGAAACAACAACAAUUAAGUAAAAUACUAAUAAUUUGCCAUUUUGUUCUCAUGACUGAACGAGAUAAGCAAAGUGUGGUGUAGUGUUGCUGGAAAUGUCUUCGCCUCCGUUUAGUCGCAGGAGUCAUGAAGAGUCAACAAACAUAUCCGAGAGCGACUCAGAGGACGAGACCAUGCUCCCCCUCAAUCAGUUCUACCCAUACAUUCGCUGUUCUCUGUGCCUCGGUUUCCUCAUCGACGCCACCACCAUCACAGAGUGUCUUCACACAUUUUGCAAAAGCUGCAUCGUGAAGCACUUCUUCUACAGCAACAGGUGUCCAACCUGCAGCAUCGUGGUCCACCAGACACAACCUCUGUACAACAUCAGGCCCGACCGUCAGCUGCAGGAUAUUGUUUACAAAAUGGUUCCCUUCCUGGAGGAGUCUGAAAGAGAACAAAUGUGCAACUUCUACAAAGAGAGAGGCCUUGAGGUGCCAAAACCAGUGACGGCCUCCCCUCAGUGUCCUGUUGUGUUGAAGAAGCAGAGGAAGGAAAACGUUCCCCAGUCUGUGUUCACCAUUCCUCCUGAGCUGGAUGUGUCUCUGCUGCUGGAGUUUGUCGGAGCUGAAGAAGGUAUCGACAACUACAAGCCGCUGGAGCGGCGCUACGUCCGUGUGUCCGGCGACGCCACCAUCCGCCACGUGGAGCUGUUCAUCAGGAGGAAGAUGGAGCUGAGCUCGUCCUGCCAGGUGGACGUCGUUUGUGGAGACCAUCUCUUAGACCACUGCCAGUCACUUAAAGACAUCCAGAACGACGUGGGUGAAGAAGCACUACAGGACGGGUUACUGGUGCUACACUUCGGUUUGGUCCUCCCCUCCUGAACUGAACUCUGGGAACGUUUUGUCAGACUCAUAAUGUGAAGUUUUUUGCAUUUGUCAUUAAUGCUACUAACUGUAACUACUGCAUAACCAUCUGAGAAGUGCUGUUAAAGACAGUUCACUUCCAUAUUUAACUCUACUUAAGCACCAACACUUACAAAAAAAUGGAUUUACUUGAUUCUGAAUGAGUGAAUCUUCAGUCAGAAAACUCUCGCUGCUGUAGCUGAAACUGGAACUAAGAGUUUUCUUAUGUUGUCAGAAAACAGGGACCUCGCUAUCUCUAUAUCUUUGUUCAUUUUUAUUAUAAGGGCUUGAAAUGAAUGAAAUGAAUAAAACACCACAACUACCAAAGGUUUUUUUUUGUUUUUUGUAUGUAUGUAUGUGUGUAUGUACUUUUCUCCAGCUUUGGGAUCUGUGUUUAAUUAUAUCUCAAGUCUCAUUUAAUUAAUUCACACAUUUAUGAGCUGUGUCUGGAGUUUGUGUAAAGACGUUUUUCUACUUGAUUUUUGUCAAUUUGAAUGAAUAAAAUAAAUACGUGCGACAACUGAAAAAACGUUUCCUCAUUCAUCCACGUUUCACGAUUUUUAGAAAUGUACAAAUUAAAGUUAACCUGAGAUUUUAUGAUGUGAAAUAAUGUAAAUGACAUUCACGGUCAUAAUGUCGAUCAGCCACAACAUUAUGACCACUGACGAUAGAAGUGAAUAACAUCUUGUGACAAUUCGUUGUUCUGUUGGGGAAAAUUUUGGACCCGACAUUCAUUCAUUCAUUCAUUCAUUCAUUCAUGUGC